AUGGAUUUGCUCUAUUCGGAAAUGAAAAUCUAUUAUGUCAAGCUGGCGGUAUCUGGUCUGGCACUCCUCCGUUAUGCCAACCUCCCUAAUAAUGCAAAUUUAGUAAACUGUAACAACGAAGUGGGAGGAGUAUGCGUUGUGAAAUGCAAUCAAGGAUACAUCCAGUCCGGAUCAAAUUCGUUGUGCCGAUUGAGAUGUAAAAGAGGUUACGCUCUGGUUGGAAACGGAGCCGUCACUUGCAAUGUCGACGGGGAAGAUGCAAUUUGGAUAGUAAAUCCGGGACAAUGCAGAAGAGUUCGUUGCCGCAAACUACGCAGUCCUAACAACGGUUAUUUCGUCAAUAAAUGUAAAAGAAAUGUGGGUGAGCAAUGUGUAAUUGGAUGUCGACCUCCGUAUAUCGUCGGCGCCAACGUUCGUAGAUGCCUUCCUAAUGGAAGAUGGACUGGCGCAUGUAAUGCAUGCAUCAUGGGAGAGCAAUGUCCAUCAAUUACUGGCUUGAAUGGACGACAGUUAUCCGGAGUUUGUCAACCUGGUAUUAUUGGAGAAAGUUGCCAGUUUUCUUGUAACGCGGGAUAUCAAUUAAUUGGACUAAGCAAUAUUUUAUGUUUGAGAAACGGAUCUUGGUCGGGGCCACCACCGACGUGUCAAAUUAUUGCUUGUCCUUCGCUUCCUGUUCCUCAAAAUGGUAAAUACAAUGGAAUAUGUUUUCCCGGUCAACCCAAUCAAUGGUGUAACUUCAAAUGUAACGAAAAUUAUACUUUAUCUGGCAGUAGCAAUUUAUUAUGUCAAGCCAACGGAACUUGGUCAAAUGCGCCACUCACCUAUCAAGUUAGUAACUGUCCAGCAAUUACAAAUACCGAAGAAGGUAUCAUCAGCGGAACGUGUAGUCCUGGAAUAGUUGGUCAGUCGUGUUACUUCAGCUGUAAAUCCGGUUACAAUCUGAUAGGUCCUAAUAGUAUUGUUUGUCGAGCCGGUGGAAUUUGGUCAAUGGAUUCUCCUUAUUGCAAAAAGGUGAAUUGUCCGCCAUUGAAUGCGCCUGCAAAUGGAAUUCAAAGCUGA